CGGCGGCGGAGGCUGCGCGCGGGCCACGCGCGGCGGCGACUCGUGCUGGGCGGCCGCCCUGCCCCACCGCCCUUUGGCGCGCGCAGGUCCGCUCCCCUCCCAAACCGCAGAGCGGCAGGCGCGGCCGUUGGUUCGGGAGCUCGGCCAGGGCAGCGCAGCUGCCGGCCGCCCCUCGCUCCCAGGCGCCACAACCCCGCGCCCUCACCGCUGCUGCGUCCCGCGAGACCUGUGGGGAGGCCGGGAGUCACUUCGGGUUCCCUUUCAGCCCACGUGGUCCUGGGACACUCCACCCAGGAACCUCGUCGGCACCGCGCAGGGAAUCCCAGCAGCGGGGUUCUGGCCCCAGCUCGCGAUGCAGCAGCCUGGCGAGCGUCCCUGCGGCCUCCAAGUGCCGGUGGGGUGCGUGCGCAGGGGGCAGAAAAAUCAUGUCUUCUUCCAGAGUGGAGCUCCGUUUGGCUGCCUGUUUACUAAACGUUUCAGAAGCCAGAAGAAAAUACAUUGUUGAGAACAUAGCAAAAGCAGCUCUUCUUGACAAAAACGGAAAGAAACAUCCUCAAGUGUCAGUGCUCAAUAUAUUUUCUGAUCAAGACUACAACAGAUCAGUCAUUACAAUAGCAGGUUCUGUUGAUAAGUUGGGCCUUGCUGACGAUCUGGUGCUGCAUGUUCCUGGCUGCAGCGUGUUUCUCUUUGGCAAAGCUGACCUGCCUGAGAAGCGCAGUCUUGUCCAGAGAAGGAAGCAGCUGGGCUGGUUCACGAGGACGGAUUUCAGUGCUCUUCAGCCUGACCUGGGAGCUGCCCCUGCCCGAAGAUGUGGUUUAACAGGUUCUGAGCAUGGUUUUUGCUUUGCUCUUUUUUUUUUUUUUUUUUAAACUUGAGGUUCCCUUUAUGAGUCACACCCUCUUAAUGCAGGAAGAGUUAUAGGGGUGGCUACUUCUUGAAAUGGGUGAGGCUCUCCUUUCUGCUGUUACUCUCACCUGGGCCUUUUUAAGCUAACCUGUGAGCCUAGAAGCUCCCGUCAGGUAUUUGAUGAGGGCCCCCAGAAGUGAUAUUCAAGAUAUAUCAUUAGCCCUGCAACGUGAUCACUGAUGAAAAGAAUGCUCAUAGCUCCUUGCACUGGGGCAGGGUCCUGGAGGCCCCUGUCUGUGAAUGGUGGUGGGAUGUGUCCUGGGGUGUGAUGGAGACACCUGGAGAGGGAGGACUUAGGGAGAGAUCACUUCUAGCUGGUAGGAAGGUCUUUCAAUACUUAAACAUCAGUGUAGGCCAAGUUGGUGCUUACAGCUGGAAAUCAGUUCUAGAGGAACCCUGGAAAAAAGCUUUUCUACAUAACGGACUUCUAGAAUACAGAGACCAAAGACUGGGAAAAGAAACUAUUCCUUCCCCUGGCUCUCAUGAACUUUUGCCUCCUCUGCUGCUCCUGCCCUCACUCCCUGCCCCACCCCUAAGGGAUGUGUCAGGAAAAGGUGGAACUCCUCCCUGUUGUCUGUACUUCCACCAUCCUAGUGUCACUUAUUUGAGUCUUAAUUGUUUCAUUCUCAAAUGUCUGUUGGGGCCACAAAUUAAACUAUAUAGAUCACAUUUUGAUGGUCAGUCAAUAACUUAAGCAAUUACCAAAAUACUAGAUAUCCAAGGAGCGAGAGGUGGGCGAGGAUAAGAAACACACUUCUCAUGGCACAGCUCUGCCAAAGCCCUGCAGAAUCAUUUACACAUAGGUCUUUGGUUACUAGCCUCUGGCACAGAAUUCUGAUCUUAAACAAAUAUUAUCUAUAAUCAAGUAGAGCAAUGCAUUAAAAAAAAUAGCACAGGUUUUGGGGCUAUGCUGAAAUCCCGGCCUUGCUAUUUGCUGGCUGUGUGACCGUGGUUCCUUGGUCUCAUUAUGCUUCGGUUCUCAUAUCUAUAAAAUGGACGUAAUAAUGUCUCCCUCUCAUUAUUGUGAAGUCGAAAUGAUGUCUGUAAAGUGCCCAACACAGUACUAAAGGGCCAUUUUUUUCUUCCCUAUGAAGAUGAGAUUUAAUAAAAGUGAUAUUAUAAA